AUGACUAAGAUAUAUAAACCAUCAACUUAUGAACAUAUCUCCUCUUUGAAGCCAAAGUUUGUUUCUCGUGUUGAUUCUACCUUACACCAGGACAAAUCCAUCACUUUUAGCAACAAAAUUGUACCAGACAAGGAAGCAAACGCUAUUAACACAAGUAUCAUUUACUCCCAAGGUUCUGAUAUCUACGAAAUCGAUUGCUCUUUACCUAUCGACGAUACAAUCACAGAAAAAGUGCCAAAAUCAGAAAAUGAAUACGGAGAUGCUUUUGCUUCUGUGGAACAGAAACGCUUGAGUCCAUCCUGGGUCUAUCAAGGUGAAACUGUCUCUAAGGUAGAAUAUUUAGGAAACAGUAAUGACACCACCUUAGUAGCUAUGUCCAAGAAUGGUUCAUUAGCUUGGUUCAAAGAUGGUAUUAAAGUCCCAGUUCAUAUAGUUCAAGAAAUGAUGGGUCCUGCCACUAGUUUUGCUGCCAUGCACUCUCAUGUUAGACCAAACUCCUUAGCUGUUGCUGAUUUUGGCUUGUCAUUCGACUCUGAAACUAUUGUUAAAUCCCAAGCAAGUGGUUCUACUGAAGAAAGUAUUUUGAAAAUUAUCGAUAAUGCAGGUAAACCAAGUGAAAUCUUAAGAACCAUUCGCGUACCAGGUACCAAUGUUGCACACACUGUCAGAUUCUUUGACAACCAUUUAUUUGCAUCCUGUUCUGAUGAUAACGUCUUAAGAUUCUGGGAUGUUAGAACUGCUGAUAAACCUCUAUUCGUUUUGAGUGAUCCUCAAAAUGGAAGAUUGACCUCCUUUGAUGCUUCCACUGUAACCAAUAACUUGUUUGUCACCGGUUUUUCUACUGGUGUUAUUAAGUUAUGGGAUGUACGCGCUGUUGAAAAUGCUACCACUGAUUUCACAAAUAGACAAAAUGGUGAAGAACCAAUUCAGAAGGAAGUUGCAAACUUCUACCAUUCCGGUGGCGAUUCUGUCGAAGAUGUCCAAUUUUCCUACACUGCACCAUAUGAAGUUAUUACUGUUGGUGGCUCUGGUAAUGUCUACCACUGGGAUAUGGAAUAUGCUUUAUCCAACUAUGAUGAGGAUGAUACUUCUAAUCUACCACAAGAUGCAACUGAAGAAUUACAAACUCAAUCCUUAAAGUUUGUCCAUACUGGUGUUUCAAGAAGAUUAACCAAACAGAAGGGUAAAAAGAACAUUGUUGCAUGGCAUCCAAUUAUCGAUGGUUAUGUUGGAACUGUCGAUGAUGAUUCGUUAGUUUCUGUUUACAAACCAUUCACUAUAGAAGCUGAAAAUAGUAAAGAGUAG